AUGGUGUCCUUUACGGGAAGUGGAGUCGUCCCUUUUGGUCUGGCAGGGCUUUUCUCUUAUCUUACGUCGACUGUCUCGGCUGCAUCUACUACUAAUGCAGCCAGUAUUUACAACUUGCCGCUUGGAUCGAAUUCAAAUUACACUUUUGCAUUGAAUAUUCCCGAUGACUCGACGGAUUUGUACUUCCAUUUGUCGGGACCGGCUAGUUAUAGCUGGCUCGCCGUUGGAACGGGGAGUGAGAUGAAAGACUCGUUGAUGAUCGUUCUCUAUGCUAAUGCUAAUGGAAAGAAUGUCACCGUUAGCCCGCGAAUCUCAUCUGGUGAACAGGAACCAGAGUACUCAUCAUCGAUUGCGGUGACGCUUCUCGAAGGCACGGGUAUCGCCAAUAACACGAUGACGGUGAAUGGCCGAUGCUCGAACUGUACAACCUGGAAAUCCGGAAAGUUGGAUCUCAAGUCCUCAUCUCAGCCAUGGAUCUUUGGACUUGGUCCGAGUGGUGGUAGUGCUGCGAUGUUGCGCAGUGACUCCAAGACAGCCAGUAUUGAGAGACACUCGAAAUACGGUGUCUUUAACAUGGAUAUGGUUCACGCCACUGGCGGAUCAGGUGAACUUCCUACAUCAUACACCACCUCCCAGGGCUCAUCCUCCGAAGGCGAGGAAGUCAAGAGUGACAGCAACUGGCCCAGCAUCAUCCACGCUAUCUGCCUCUGCGGCGCCCUCAUCCUCCUCUUCCCAUUCGGAGCUAUCCUCCUCCGCGUCUUCCCCAAGAGCGUGCGCUGGCACUGGGUUAAUCAAACCAUCUCAACCUGCCUGGCCUUCAUCGGUAUGGUAAUCGGCUUCUACCUCAGCACCCAGUUCACCAAGUCCCAAUCAUUCGGUUCCACGCACCAGAUCCUCGGAAUCGUGAUCUUGCUAGCCAUCAUUGCCCAGUGGGGAAUGGGAUUCUGGCACCACCGUCUGCACAAGAAGACGCAGACCGGGUCUAUGUUUGGUGUUGUGCACCGCUAUUUUGGAUUCAUCGUGAUCCUUCUCGCCAUUAUCAAUGGUGGCAUCGGACUUAGUUGGUCGUAUGCAUCUAAUGGUGUCCUUGUGGGAUACUCUAUUACCGUUGUCAUUGUCAGCGUUGCAAUCAUUGGUCUUCUUGGCUGGGCACGAUUCAAGUCGAACCAUGGUGGGAAAGGCUUCGUUCGACAGCAGGAGGAGUUGGAUGAGUUCCAGAGCAGUGAUUAUUCGGAUGGUUAUCUAAACCGUGAUUCGAACAGGCCGCAUGGUUAUAAUCGUUAUGGUUAA